AAAUAAUUUAUAGAAAGCAAAAGGCGAAGGGAAAAGAAAAGAACCAAAUAAAAUUGUCCACGUGGAAGGCGAGGCGGCAGCCAAACUGGGCAGUGGCAUCGGGUGCACCAACUUUUGGUACAACCCAAGAGAGAGAGAGAGAGAAUCAGAAAUGGAAGAAAAUCUUUGUGUCCACAUAAACUUGUGGCUCACAAUCAAAUUCACUCGCUGACGUGGCACCCACGCCUUCUUUUAACGGAUUCAUCGUCAACUUCCCCUCCACACUUCCAAAAUUCCUCCUCUGCUCCAACUCUCAACUCUCAACUCCUCUUCUUUUCAGCAAAAGAUAUGUUGGAUUCUAAGGACCCUGCCAUCAAGCUUUUUGGCCGRAAAAUUCCCCUCUCCGACGACGGCGAAUCUCCGGCGAUCCAUCCCCAACAGUCGCCUUCUGACAAAGAUGAAUCCCAGCCCCCAAAGGACGCGACAGUAGAUGAUCCGAAAACGCCGUCCAUAGACGAAGAAACUGAGAAGCCGAUUAAUGGAAAAACARAUAGCGAGACACCGAAUUCAGAGAAAACCCUAAAGRAGCCGGAUAAAUUGCUCCCAUGCCCUCGCUGCAAGAGCAUGGAGACCAAAUUCUGUUACUACAACAAUUACAAUGUCAACCAACCCCGCCAUUUUUGCAAAGCCUGUCAAAGAUACUGGACUGCCGGCGGCACCAUGAGGAACGUGCCGGUCGGAGCCGGUCGCCGGAAGAGCAAGAGCUCUGCUUCCUACUACCGCCAAAUCACAAUCUCCGAGGCUCUCGAAGGCGCUCGACUUGAGGCUCCAAAUGGAACCCACAAACCAAAAUUUAUCAGCAAUAAUAAUGGCAGAGUCCUCAGUUUCAAUUUGGAUGCACCAAAUUCAGACCCCGUGGUGGCCUCUGUUUUGAAUCUCUCCGAAAACAGAGUAUUGAGUAAUGGGUUGAAAAAAUUUGAGGACAAAGGAUCCGACGGCUGUGAAAAAAUCUCGAGCGUGUGUUCUAUGGGAGUUCAAAGUUCAUCAGAGGUGGGAUUAGAAGGUAGACAACGAACCCAAGAACCUCCUAUCAAUGGCUUCCCUUCUCAUGUUUCAUGUCUUCCAUGGCCAUUCGUGUGGAAUUCCUCUGUUCCUCCUCCAGCCUUUUGCCYUCAAGGAGGAUUUCCCUUGCCUUUUUAUCCAGCAGCUGCCUGGAACUGCGGUCCUGGGCCAUGGAACACACCAUGGUUUUCUCCACAAGCUAAUUYCUCKKCAGAAAAACCUCUCUGUUCUGACUCAAAAUCUUCUCCAAAAUUAGGAAAGCAUCUCAGAGAAGAAGAGGCCGUUAAGCAUAGAAAUGGAAGUGUUUUGACCCCAAAGACUUUAAGGAUUGACGACCCAAGUGAGGCAGCAAAAAGCUCCAUAUGGGCAACUCUUGGAAUAAAGAACGAAUCAGCAAUCACUGGGGGAAAGAAUCUGUUCAAAACCUUUCAACCCAAGGGCCAUGAGAAGGUUCAUCWUGUAGCUGAAGCCUCCUCAGUUUUGCAGGCAAACCCUGCAGCCUUGUCAAGAUCGCUCGUCUUUCACGAGAGCUCUUGAAGGCAUACGUCGUCGACAUCAGUUGCUUAGUCUCGUCGACGAGUGGGAAAACCCUUCAUGUAGAUUAGAAGAAUGAGGGUGGGAUCUUCAACUCAUUCAGUCUGAGUUAGAAUUUGCUAACCUUUGAAUUAUAGAGUAUCAGAUAACACAGAAGAUCAGGAAGAGCCAAUCAGUUUCCUAAUUUUCUCAGAAGUAGAGCCAAACUAGUAUUAAGGAAUGCCAGAUUAUAUUAAUAUCCCCUUUUAACAGUUUUCACUCUAUCUGCCUGAUUUUACAUAGCCAUUUGGUGAGCUGCUUGUUAUUCACCUUGUAAUGUACAUAUCGCUAUAUAUAGAGAUCUGUGAAAUACUGACAUAGAUUGCUGAAA